AUGACCAGAGAGCAUAAGAACUCUCUAGUGAGGACUCCAUUCACAGACGAUGUGUACCUUGUUAAGAGACCUAAGAAAUUCACUAUGCCUUCCUUUACUCAGUUUGAUGGUACGGGAGAUCCUUCUCGAAACAAGAAGCAAAAGAAGAAUAUCAUUAGCCUUUUCACCAUGAGGCAAAAGAAAGGAGAAACGCUGCAGGAUUUCUUGUCCAGAUUCAACAUGGAGGCCUCAAAAAUAGCGGAUUGCCAUCCUGCCACUGCUAUAGAAACGUUUAAGCUUGCAAUGAUUCAAGGAACCAAGUUUUAUACCUCCCUAGUUAAAUAUUCCCCUCCGAAUAUACAGACUCUCAAUGCUAGGGCACAGAUUUAUAUCCGGCUCGAGGAGAAUGUAGCCCACCGAGCACAGCACACCACCCUUGUCACAGUGGAGAAUAAGCCUCGGGAAAGAAUUCCAAAUGCAAAAGUUCAAAAAAGCCAGCGUGCUUCAACACUAGUCACUCAGGCACCUGAGAAAAGACAAAGGACAAAGAAAAGAUCCCUUAGGCGGCAAGUGGAGAACAUGAUAGCCAGAUGUGAGUUGGCACAUUACCUCACAACAAAGGAGUAUGUGAAGCCUUGUGAGGUCAACCCUCGCAAAGUAAAAGAUAAUCAAGUAAAAGUCAUUCAUGCAAUACAUGGUAGAUCUGAAGAUGAUCAAGAGUCGAAGAAGGUAUAUAGAUCCAGAUUGAGGGUAGCCCAUAAACUCAGAAGGCUAUCCUCGGUCAAUACUAUCGCUUCAGGCAGCAUCCGUAUUGGGUUCUGCGAUGGCGACCUGUCCAGAGUUCAACUUCCCCACGAAGAUCCGUUAGUCAUCAGUCUCCUAGUGGAAAAUUGCAUGAUCAAAAGGGUCUUGAUAGAUCCGGGAAGUAGCGCUAAUAUUAUCACAAAAACGGUCUUUGAGCAACUCAAAAUCCCAUUAUCAUCAAUUCGACCCACCUCCAGUCCCUUGAUGGGAUUCGAUGGUACGAAGGUGGACCACUUGGGGGUGAUUGAUUUAUCUGUCACUGUAGCCAAAUGGACUCUGAAGAAGAACUUCAUCCUAACAGAAAUCCACCAUUCUUAUAAUCUUAUUAUGGAAAGAGGCUGGAUCCACUGA